UUCUAGUACUUCGCGCAGUGCCUGGAUUGUGAGUGCUCAGAGCCCCCUGGGGCAGUUGCUAGAACUGUCCAGGGGAAGAUCAAGGCUGGCCACUUGUGUCCCGUGUGCUGCACAGGGGGCUGUCAGACUGGUGACUGAGGGAUCGGAGUUAACACGGCGGAGGAGCUGACAAAGCGUCUUGUAGAGUGCUUAUGAUUUCAUAUAUUUUUGCUGAACUUGUAAAAGAGGCACUUGGAUGAUGGAUUAACAAGAACAUUGAAAUUCUGUGAAAAGUUUUCAAAGUGGAGCAUAUUGAAUUUUCACCCUAGUCAAGCAGCUCUGCUGCUCACUUAAAUGCAGAUGAAUGAAGACCCCAUUCGGGAAGACACCUGGCCAGCGGUCCAGAGCUGAUGCAGGCCAUGCUGGUGUGUCUGCAAGCAUGAUGAAGAAAAGGACGUCCCACAAAAAACAUCGGAGCAGUGUGGGGCCGAGCAAACCUGUGUCCCAGCCCCGGCGGAACAUCGUAGGCUGCAGGAUUCAGCAUGGGUGGAGAGAGGGGAAUGGCCCUGUCACCCAGUGGAAAGGAACCGUUCUGGACCAGGUGCCUGUAAACCCUUCUUUGUAUCUUAUAAAGUACGAUGGAUUUGACUGUGUUUAUGGACUAGAACUUAAUAAGGAUGAGAGAGUGUCUGCGCUCGAAGUCCUCCCUGACAGAGUCGCAACAUCUCGAAUCAGCGAUGCACACCUAGCCGACACAAUGAUUGGCAAAGCGGUGGAGCACAUGUUUGAGACCGAGGAUGGCUCUAAAGACGAGUGGAGGGGAAUGGUCUUGGCACGUGCCCCUAUUAUGAACACGUGGUUUUACAUCACCUAUGAGAAAGAUCCUGUCUUGUACAUGUACCAGCUUUUAGAUGAUUAUAAAGAAGGCGACCUUCGCAUUAUGCCUGAUUCCAAUGAUUCACCUCCAGCAGAGAGGGAACCAGGAGAAGUUGUGGACAGCCUGGUAGGCAAACAGGUGGAAUAUGCCAAAGAAGAUGGCUCCAAGAGGACUGGCAUGGUCAUCCAUCAGGUGGAGGCCAAGCCGUCGGUCUACUUCAUCAAGUUUGAUGAUGAUUUCCAUAUUUAUGUCUACGAUUUGGUGAAAACAUCCUAGAUGUCAUCACGAACUUUGCCAAAUUUGUGGAACUAUUAAAUGUAUAAUUUGUAGACAUAAAGACUUGAUUGCUUUCCAGUUUAAUGAAAGCUUAAAUGUCCCUGCGAACCCACAAUCUCUGCCAGCAGAACUGGUUUUGUUCUGAGUAGUACAGAUUUAUGUGACCACAAAGCAUUUUGUGUAAGGAGCUCCUUCCUCUUAAAGGAAGUCUAUCUGUCUGGAGGGGAGUUACAGGCAAGUUUGGUCAAAGUUAAGCUAGUAUCAUAGUCAUUUAAAACUGUAAUGGAUCUUAUCCAUUUUCCCUUCACUCUUAACACUCUUAGUCUGCUGCCACAAUGCAAGCAUAGUUUGGUAUUUUUGUUAUUGCCUUUUUUGAGAUAUAUAUGUAUCUAUAUCUAUAUCUGUGUGUAUAUAUAUAUAAUAUAUAUAUGCACACCCAUAGAUCUGCGUACACACACGCACGCGCGCGCACACACACACACACACACUUCAUUGGCAGUCCUUUCUUUGUGGAUUGGGACAGGGGUUAAAUAAUUUUCUCCAGUUUAACAGGAGUGCUUGACCCAAGUGAGUCAUAUUAGUAUCUUACUGCUCUUUAUUUAAGAUUGAAUUCGGGCACAGGAAGCGCACAGGGACGUGGACGUUCAGCUUGUUCUGAAGAUCAGAACUUCAGAGCGCCUUUCAGUCUGGAGGCUGUAAACCAGGUGUCCAAACAAGACUCGCUUGUGAACAUGACUGACCCGCCUUAGAAUUUGACAGGACGGUUAGAACGGUUAGAAAUCUGGGUAAAAGGCUGCCUUUAAUUCUAAGCUUUGUAAGUUUUUUGUUUACAUUUUUUGUUACCAUAAAUGCUUUCUUUCUCCAAGCCCAGGUCCUUGGUCCCCGCAGUGUGAGGCCACCGGUGUGUUUUGGACAGCACAUUUGGUCCUUGGUUUGCACACAUCAGUAAUCUGGGGCUUCGCACACGGAUUUAAAGGCAACAGAGCGUCAGUGGUUUGUGCCUGUGUGCUAAGUUCCUGGAAGAACACUGCGUUUCUAUUUGAAAUGUCCUUUUAAGAGUGGCGUUGUUGCUUCCUAAUGAGUUCUCUGGGACGCUGUUACUCUCAUGACUGUUAAUUACUGAUGUAGGAUUAUGGUCAGAAGGCUUUUCCACACAAAGGAUGGCGAGACAGAUACCAGCUGAGGUCUGACACCUGUGUGGUGCUGUCCGCUCUGGCUCAGGUGUUGGGGUGGGUGUGUUCCAUUCAGUGGACCUGCCACGUUGGGGUCAGUUGCCUGCGCCAGCUCGCGGGUGUGAGUGAUAGCAGCCCUUAGCUGCUGAAGCCUUUCGUGGCGCAUUCCUGCAGGGUUGUUUUAACUGAAAUAGAACUGUAAAAGUGGUUGGUUUAGCAGUGGACCAGCCAUCUGUCGCUUUGCUUUGGGUGAGCCUGGCGGUCUGAAAGCUAGGAGAAAGGUGGAUGUGGGACCCAUCUCCGUGGAGGCUGGAGAGCUUACCUGAGAUGUGGGCAGAAGGCUAAACGCACAUGCUGUCAGUCAGACCCUGGAGGGCCAGCCCGCUCUGUCGGGGCUGCUCUUGAUGUAGAGACUGUGCCAUUUCAUGGCCUCACUGUGCGUGGUUUGUGCAGUGCCCAGUUUCACCUUCAGGAAAGCUGUGCCUUCUCGUGUUGGAUGUAACCCUGCACACAGUGUAAAUACAGCACCCCAUUCUCUGCAGUGUGCCCAGUGCCUCACCACAGCCAGCCAGGGGUGACCUUCUCCCUGCAGCCAGUCCCCAGGUCUUAGAAGCCCCUCCCUGCCUGAACAGCAUCAUGCCACAGAUCUGUCCCUUGUCUUCCUGGUGAUUCUCGUAAGAGUUGCUGCGUGUAAAUCUCCAGGCCGAGCCUGGCUCCCUGAGCCCCAGCAGACGUGCGGCCCAGAGAGGGAGCGUGUCCAGCGCGCUGACUGUGCACACAUGGCACAGUGACUUUGGGCUAAAAAACACAGUACUUUGGCAGUUUCCUGAGGUUGGGUCAGGGGACACAUUUCCAGCAUUACUUAAUGACUUGCAUUGUGGUUUUCCUGCAAGUACUUUUAGCAACUUUAAUACCAUGUGAUCUGCCACUCUAGAUAAAUGUGACAUGGGAUUAUUAUUUGUAUCAUUAUUUUAAUCGUCGUUCCAUGUAUUGUUUUUAGGGCUGAAGGAAGGGGAAGGGGUUAUUUUUGUUUUCUAUUUUUUUUCAUUCUUUUUUCUUUUGGUGGCUUAAACCACACUUAAUGAUGCUGUGACUACUUCUGCUCCCUAGCCGAGUGUUCAGGCUUCGUUUUAGGCUCAUGUUUCAGAUCUGCAUGCGUUGCUUGCAUUUUCCUGGUACCUGAAUGUUGGUUCCUUGUUCUAGGAAUCCAACAUCAAUUUCCAAAAUUAUCAUGGGACUUGUGACAACACAAGACAUGAAUCUCUGUAUAAAACGUAUUGGCCUUCCUCAUUGACCUGCUAUAGUAUUACUGUGUCGUGUGUGCGUGUGUGAUGUCCGGCUGCCACGUAACCUUCAGAGGAAAACCUUCAAAGCAGACCAUCCUUUUGCAUGCUCUAUUCUAAGUAGAAUGUUCAAUGUAACUAACUGAACUUGCAUGUUAAAGAUAUUUAGGUUUUUUGUUUUCUCUCUUUGUUUUUGUUUGUUUUCAGUUUUCUGUGUAUUUGCUUACUGUGCUGUUCAGUGGUUGUAGGAUACAAUGCACUGGUGAAGCAGUGUCGUGCCAUGAGGGUGGUUCUCCAGUUGUCUGUCAUGCAGCAUUUGAAGGGACUGUGGUUCUUCACGCAGUCAGUACUUCCAAACCAGACUGCAUUUCUGUUGUUUCACGUGCCAAACCCCGAAGUGCAUUGGGCUUGAAUCUCUGAACGCUGUGGACCCAUCAGAAGACUGUUUUGAUUGUCACAAAUUGUAGUGCCUGAAAACAUUCUUAAGCUGAUUGUCUUAAAAAAAAAAAAAAGUUCUCCAAAGACAAAACAGGAACGGUUAUUAGAACAAAACAGCGAUGGUGGAAACGUCUGUGGUUCCUUGAAAUGCUGCGCUUUCUGUACUUUCCAUCAUUAGUGCAGUUCGAACGAAUGUGUCUAGUUCAGAGGUCUUCGUGUUCGCAUUUUAAAAUUAGGUAAAUGACCUCAUCUCUCAAGCUUGAAUUCGUUUUUAAUUUUAUUUUAUACAGUGUGUAGACGGUCCCCUGUUCUCUGCAUUUAGAAGUAUAAACAAUAUAAAUCUGUUAAUUCUGUAAGUAAUUUUUAUAAUUAUGAUGUAACUCUAUCCUAUCCUUAAAACAUUUAAAAUAAACCCUUUAUGUGCAACUUU